CUGCUCACCAAUCAGGGAAACAACAACUGGGAAUUUACUGUGAGCCACAAGAUUUCUGCAUCACAAAGCGCUGACCCUGGGGCUUUACUAAAGCUCCGAGCUGGAUUCCGGAACUCUAACAGCGGACGGUGAAAAUACACUGUCUUGAACCGCGACGAUCCCGAAGCUCCUCAGGCCUCCACCGAGGAAAAACCCAAGCGCGGCAGGGCUGUAAUGGCGGCUCCUCCUCAACGUCCAGACUGCAGCAGGCUGGUUGGGAUUUACCUUCUCUUGGGGGCCCUGUGGGAAAUCCGGGCAGAACAGAUCCGCUACUCUGUUCCUGAGGAGCUAGAGAAAGGCUCCUUUGUGGGCAACAUCGCCAAGGACUUGGGGUUGGAGUCCCGGGAGCUGGCGGAGCGCGGAGUCCGCAUCGUCUCCAGAGGUAGGACCCAGCUCUUUGCUCUGAACCCGAGAAGCGGCAGCUUGGUCACCGCGGGCAGAAUAGAUCGGGAGGAGCUCUGUGAUAGAUCUCCAAAGUGUGUAGUAAGCCUGGAGAUUCUCCUAGAGGACAAAGUGAAGAUUUUUGGAGUAGAAGUGGAAAUAAUCGAUAUUAAUGAUAACGCGCCCAACUUUGGGACAGAGCAAAGGGAAAUAAAAGUCGCUGAAAAUGAGACUCCUGGAACAAGAUUCCCUCUUCCUGAAGCUUUUGAUCCGGAUGUAGGGAUAAAUUCCUUGCAGGGUUACCAGCUCAGCUCAAAUGUUCACUUCUCCCUGGACGUGCAAAACGGAGCUGAUGGGAUAAAAUACCCUGAACUGGUGCUGGAGCACGCCCUGGACCGUGAGGAAGAGGCGGUUCACCACCUGGUUCUCAUCGCCUUCGAUGGAGGAGACCUGGUUCACUCCGGCACUACCAGGAUUCAUGUAACGCUUGUGGAUACCAAUGACAAUGCUCCCCUAUUCACUCAGCCCGAGUACCACGUGAGUGUUCGGGAGAAUGUGCCGGUGGGCUCCAGAAUCGUCACUGUAAAAGCCACUGAUCCAGAUGAAGGAGCUAAUGGAGAAGUGGCAUAUUCUUUACGGAAAGUAAGAGAUAAAAUAUCGCAGCUAUUCCAGUUGAAUUCUGUGACUGGGGAUAUAACAAUAUUGGGGGAUCUAGAUUAUGAGGACUCUGGAUUUUAUGAUAUAGAUAUAGAAGCUCACGAUGGUCCUGGUCUCCGAGCCAGAAGUAAGGUACUGGUGACAGUUCUGGAUGUAAAUGACAAUGCUCCAGAAGUCAUGGUUACAUCUGUCACCAACUCUAUCCAAGAAACUUCUUCUCCAGGCACAGUAAUUGCACUUUUCAAUGUGCAUGACAGUGAUUCAGGAGAGAAUGGCCUUGUCACAUGUUCUAUUCCGAAUAAUCUGCCGUUCACACUUGAAAAGACCUACGGAAAUUAUUAUCGAUUGUUGACACAGAGAACUCUAGAUAGGGAAGAAGUCUCAGAAUAUAAUAUCACAGUAACUGCCACUGACCAUGGAACUCCACAACUGUCUACAGAAACUCACAUUUUACUGAAGGUGACAGACAUCAAUGACAACCCUCCUGCCUUUUCUCAUGCUUCUUAUUCUGCCUACCUUCCUGAAAACAACCCCAGAGGGGCCUCUAUUUUAUCCAUGACCGCCCAGGACCCUGACAGCAUUGAGAACGCCAGAGUCACUUACUCCCUGGCUGAAGGCAUGCUCCUGGGGGAGCCUCUUUCCUCCUAUGUCUCUGUCAACUCUGACACUGGUGUCCUGUAUGCACUACGCUCCUUUGACUAUGAGCAGGUUAGAGACCUGCAACUACUGGUGACAGCCAGUGACAGCGGGGAUCCUCCACUCAGUAGCAAUGUGUCUCUAAGCCUGUUUGUUCUGGAUCAGAAUGACAAUGCACCAGAGAUCCUGUACCCCUCUCCCCCGACUGAUGGUUCUACCGGUGUGGAGCUGGCACCUCGCUCUGCAGAACCUGGAUAUUUGGUGACCAAGGUGGUAGCAGUGGACAGAGACUCAGGCCAGAAUGCCUGGCUGUCCUACCGCUUGCUCAAGGCCAGCGAGCCAGGGCUCUUUGUGGUGGGGCUGCACACGGGUGAGGUGCGCACUGCGCGCGCCCUGCAGGACAGAGACGCGCUCAAGCAGAGCCUGGUGGUGGUGGUCCAGGACCACGGACAGCCUCCCCUCUCGGCAACUGUCACACUCACAGUGGCCGUGGCUGACAAUAUCCCAGAUGUGUUGGCUGACUUGGGCAGUCUUGAGAUCCCUUCCACCCCAGAAGCCUCGGACCUCACGUUGUACCUGGUGGUAGCAGUGGCUGCUGUCUCUUGUGUCUUCCUUGCUUUUGUCAUCGUGCUGCUGGCACUCAGGCUGAGGCGCUGGCAUAAGUCACGCCUGCUCCAGGCUUCAGGAGGGGGAUUGGGGGGCAUACCCGCCUCGCACUUUGUGGGCAUGGACGGGGUGCGGGCCUUCCUGCAAACGUAUUCGCACGAGGUCUCCCUGACCGCGGACUCGCGGAAGAGUCACCUGAUCUUCCCGCAGCCCAACUAUGCGGACACGCUCAUCAGCCAGGAGAGCUGUGAGAAAAGCGAGCCUCUUUUGAUAACUCAGGAUUUACCUGAAACAAAAGGAGACCCCAGUCUUCAUCAGGUGAGUCAGUCUUGCCACACUGAAACAUAG